UCGUUUCCACACAAGAUUAUUAUUUUUAAAAUGGAAAGCGAUAAAACACAUUAUGAAUACAUCGUGAUUGGUGCCGGGCCAGGCGGGGUUCAGAUGGCGUACUUCAUGGAGAAGGCCAAGAUGGACUAUCUAGUCUUGGAGCGAGCAGAUGGUCCAGGUUCUUUCUUCCGAACACAGCCACGCCAUCGCACUCUCAUCUCAAUUAACAAAAAAUAUAACGUAUUCCCAGAAGCUGAGUUCAAUCUUCGACACGACUGGAACUCCCUCAUCAAUAACGAAGAAGAUAACCCGCUUUUAUUCACCAGUUAUACAGAUAAACUGUUCCCAAAUGCUGACAUGUUAGUAGAAUACAUCGAAGAUUUUUGCAAGAAAUACCCAACAAAUAUUCGCUACAAUACCAACGUCACAGUAGUGCAUCGGGACGACAUGACGGAUGACCAUCAAUCGAAAUCGAAAUUCACGCUCACCGUCAAUAAUGGCAGUCAACUUACCUGCCGAGUGUUGUUGAUAGCUACUGGUGCAGCUUUACCAGACGAUCCAGUAAUCCCAGGAAUCGAACUUGUCGAUACCUACGAGAAUCACAGCCUCGACAAAGAACUCUACAAGAACAAGAAAGUUUGUAUCCUGGGAGGUGGAAAUAGUGCAUUUGAAGUUGGUGACUACCUGGCGGAUACCGCUGGUCUAAUCCAUCUGUUCAAUAGACACCCGGUCAAGUUUUCUUGGGACACUCACUUCGUUGGUCAUCUCCGCGCUGUCAACAACAAUAUUGUGGACAUGUACCAUCUCAAGUCCUUGCACGCCUUGAGAAAAUGUGAAGCCACUCGAAUAUGGAAGACGGAAGACGGUAAAUACAACAUCGAGUACGAUAUGCACCUACCAAAUUGGGAUCCCCCUGGUACAGGUCGCUUCGUCACCGUUGGCUAUGACAAAAUCAUCGCUUGCACUGGUUGGAAAUUUGUUAAUGUUACUAUGUUUGAUGAUUCGUGUAAACCAGAGACACAUCAGCAUGGAAAGUAUCCAGUUCUCGACGAGCACUGGCAGUCGACGGUAAAAGACAUGUAUUUUGCUGGUACUCCAAUGCAGUCACGUGAUCGUCGAGCAGCUUCCGGUUUCAUUCACGGAUUCCGAUACAAUAUACGAACUAUGUGUCACAUGUUGCGACUGACGUACAACAAGAUUGAACUACCUAGAAAGACAUUCAGUCCGAUAGACCAGGAAGAAAUCUGCAAAUGGGUCAUCAAGCAUGUUAGCGUAGUGUCUGCCCUCUAUCAGCUCGGACAAGGUUUUCUUUGUGAUGUGAUGUUGGUCAGUCCACAAGAGGGCACUACACCACAGGAAACUGGAACAACGCCCGGUAAAGUUGAAUAUAUUCAUGAACUUCCACAGGCCUGGAUCCGAACUCAAGAUUGGUUCUUGGAGGCGCCACUUGCCAUUCUUAUUAGUAUUGAAGACACCAUCGAUAAAUACCCUGAACUAAAAGCGCCCGAAUUCUUUACUCCUGCUGACGCCAAUGUGUCUAACUGCAAGUGUUCCCCUUUCCCACAAGCCGUAUUCAGAGUAUACAAAAAAGGGAAGCUAGUUGACGACCUCUUCAUCGGUGGUUCUUUGGUUGUACGUGCAGAUACAAGGAAUUUUGAAGGCGACACAAACCCAGACAGAUACGCCAACAAGCUGCGUAAUCUGUUCCACCGUCAUACCGGCAUCGGAAAGGGUGGUUAUUACGAACAGCUCUUCACCCCUGACAUGUGGCCCAAGGUGUACCGGCCGUGGACGAAGGAAGAAAUCAAAGAGCAGAGAAAAACUGAGGUAGAAAAGGCGAACAAAAAGUAUGAAUGCAGUUUGUCCAUUAUUCAACACAACCAAGUCGACAUCGCAGAUAUGUGA